ACGUCCACAUGUGUGUGUCCGUACGUUGGAUUUAAUUGUAACGACUCUUAUAGGUCUGAAUAAUUGUGGGCACUGCCGCCCCCUUCCCUCCCUCCCCUUCCUCUUAGUGUAUUCUAUGGAUCUUCCGCUCAGACGCCUCGCACGUUCGGUCCUAUUGUUAGUGUUAGCGUCAUGAAGACCUGUGGAAUAUCACGCUUUUGCACCUUAGUGGUAGAACCCUGAGGUUUUCGGACAAAUGGCUUUAUUGUCGGCCUACAUUUACAGGCUAGUAAUGUCGCUGUUGCUACGUGCGCGUUCUCAUAACGGGGACCCUCGCGCUUCGCGGAAAAGGCCCGUGUGUUUCCAGUCCGGAUCUGCGAUUCUGGUGGUGGUAUGAGUGGUGCGUGUGUUUUGAAGAGCAAAGCUGUUGUCUGGGACUCCUUCAGCCUGCACUGCAGAACUCCACCCCCUUCUGACAGUCCGUUACCCAGCAUGCCCGUGGUGCUGAGUGCCGCUGGCCCCGCCCCCCAGCCGCCUCCCCCUUCCCAGGGGGCGGGGCGUUCUCAAGACGACGCAAUGGUGGACUACUUUUUCCAGCGGCAGCACGGAGAGCAGCCUGGGUACGGUAGUGGCAAACAGCGCUGGCCCGCUGGUGACACCAUACACGGCGACAGCCAGGUCCGAUCGAUGGAUGAGCUCAAUCAUGACUUCCAGGCGUUAGCUUUGGAGGGGCGGUCCAUGGGUGAGCAGCUCCUGACAGGAAAGAAGUUCUGGGAGCUGGAGGAAGGGAAAGAGGCACCUAAGGGCAUCUUCUUGGACCAGUGGAGGGACAGCGCUUGGGGGGCAUCAGAACAUUCGGUUUCUCAACCAAUCAUGGUCCAGCGUCGGCCUGUCCAGGGUUUCCAUGGUGUUGGGGAGGCUGGCUCAGUCCUAUCACCACGCAGCGAGAGUGGAGGAUUGGGUGUCUCCAUGGUGGAAUACGUGCUAAGCUCCUCCCCUGCAGAGAAACUUGACUCAUGUCUGCGUAAAGGAGCUUUUGGCCCACACGAUUCUGAGGCCGAUGACUCUGACAAGAGGGUGGAUUCAAAGCCAAAGGUUGCAUUUGAUUCGGACAGAAAGGACCUUGUGGAGUCAGAACCUGAUGUCAUGGACAACCCUAAUGGACUGGCCAUUCAAAAUGGCCUGGAUGUGGAUGUCAAAGAUUUUAGCCGUCCUGGUAACUGCCCUCCUUCUGGAAAUGAGGUGGAGUUGGGAGGGGUAGAUCUAUCUGGAGGGGCAAUGUCCAAAGCUGGGGACGACUUUCCUUCUGUCGAGCCCCAAAAUGUGGCCCUUGACCCCAUGGAGUCAGUUUCCAUGGAAACAUUGCAGUUUGAUUAUGCGGGCGGUCCUCACCCCUUGGAUUCGGCUCCUCCCACAGUUGGCCUUUUUGACUACAGCUCACAACAGCAGUUGUUUCAGAGGCCGGGCGCUCUGGCCCUCCAGCAGCUCACGGCCGCCCAGCAGCAGCAGUAUGCCCUGGCAGCCCAGCAACCCCACAUCGGUCAGUUCUAUAUACGUGACUCAGGUCUGGCUCCAGCAGCGUUCAUGCAGAACCCUUACAUCAUCAGUGCAGCCCCCCCUGGGACAGACCCCUACACAGCAGGCCUCGCUGCUGCCGCAACACUGGGCCCAGCAGUCAUGCCCCAUCAGUACUAUGGAGUUCCAUGGGGAGUUUAUCCAGCAAACCUUUUCCAGCAGCAAGCUGCCCCCAACAACAACGCCAAUCAGCAGCAGGGUGGACAAACACAGCAGAACCAGCAGCAGGUCAUGCGCACGGGUGGCUCGCAGCGACCCUUGACCCCCAACCAGGGGCAACAGGGACAGCAGGCAGAGCAGCAGCAGCAGCAGCAGCAGCAGCAGCAGCUGGUUGCUGCAGCAGCUGUGAAUUCUGCUCUUGCCUUCGGACAAGGCCUUGCAGCUGGAGUGCCAGGUUAUCCAGUACUAGCCCCAGCAGCGUAUUAUGACCAGACAGGGGCGCUGUUGGUCAACACAGGAGGACGGAAUGGACCGGUCAGACUCAUGGCUCCUGGGUCGGUCAUCAUCAGCCCUACAGCGGUUGCCGCGGCAGCUGCAUCAGCCAGUGGGGGCGGGGGUGGGCUCGGAGGCGGAGGCGGCGGAGCCUUCCGGGCCAUGAGCUCCCAGCAGGCCUCAGGGCAGCAAGGCAGCGGGGCGCUGGGCGGUAGCUCCUUCUACGGGAGUGGCUCUCUAAGCUCCUCCUCCCAGAGCUCCUCUCUGUUCUCCCAAGGCCCUCCCCAGCCUGGCUCCUCCUCCCUCAGUUUUAGUGCCAACGGGUCGUCAUCGCUCGGGGCGGCGCUCGGAUCUCUGGGGGGCUUCGGCACCGCUGUGGCUAACUCGAACACAGGUAGUGCCUCACGCCGUGACUCCCUGACGGGCAGCUCUGAGCUGUACAAGCGGACACCUAGCAGCCUCAAUCCCAUUGGCCAUGGAGGAUUCUACAACGGCCUAGGCUUCAGCCCUUCACCUGGACCUGUUGGCCACUCCCACUCACUGACCCCGCCCCCUUCUCUGUCUAACCACGGCUCCUCCUCCAGCCUCAACCUUGGUGGUUUAACCAAUGGGAGCGGGCGCUUCAUCUCUGCAGCUCCAGGGGCGGAGGCCAAGUACCGCAGCUCCACCUCUGGCUCCUCCCUCUUCAGUCCCAGUAGCCAGCUGUUCCCGUCGUCACGGCUACGCUACGGAAUGUCGGAUGUGAUGCCGUCUGGCCGCAGCCGGCUUCUUGAGGACUUCCGCAACAACCGCUAUCCCAACCUGCAACUGCGAGAGAUUGCUGGACACGUCAUGGAGUUCUCCCAGGACCAGCACGGCUCUAGAUUCAUCCAGCUGAAAUUGGAGCGGGCCAGUCCAUCGGAGAGGCAGCUGGUCUUCACCGAGAUCCUGCAGGCAGCGUAUCAGCUCAUGGUGGACGUAUUCGGCAACUACGUCAUUCAGAAGUUCUUUGAGUUUGGUAGUCUGGACCAGAAGCUGGCCCUGGCCGAGCGGAUCCGGGGGCAUGUUCUGUCUCUAGCACUGCAGAUGUAUGGCUGCCGGGUCAUCCAGAAGGCCUUGGAGUUCAUCCCCUCUGAGCAGCAGGUCAUUAGUGAGAUGGUGCGUGAGCUGGAUGGUCAUGUCCUGAAGUGUGUGAAAGAUCAGAACGGGAACCACGUUGUGCAGAAGUGCAUUGAGUGCGUCCAGCCUCACGCCCUCCAGUUCAUCAUCGACGCCUUUAAAGGACAGGUGUUUGCUCUCUCGACUCACCCGUACGGCUGCAGAGUCAUCCAGAGGAUCCUGGAGCACUGCCUCCUCGAGCAGACGCUGCCUAUCCUGGAGGAGCUCCACACUCACACAGAGCAGCUGGUGCAGGACCAGUAUGGUAAUUAUGUGAUUCAACACGUCUUGGAGCAUGGACGAGCUGAGGACAAGAGCAAGAUUGUCUCGGAGAUCCGUGGAAACGUUCUGGGAUUGAGUCAGCACAAGUUUGCGAGUAAUGUGGUGGAGAAGUGUGUGACCCACUCCUUGCGCGCCGAGCGAGCUCUGCUGAUAGACGAGGUGUGCAGCAUGGCCGACGGGCCCCACAGCGCACUCUACACCAUGAUGAAGGACCAGUACGCCAACUAUGUGGUGCAGAAGAUGAUCGACGUCGCCGAGCCCACCCAGAGGAAGAUUGUCAUGCACAAGAUUCGCCCCCACAUCGCCACCCUGAGGAAGUACACGUACGGGAAGCACAUCCUGGCCAAGCUGGAGAAGUACUACAUGAAGAACGGCGUGGACCUGGGCCCGCUGUGUGCGCCUCCCAACGGGAUCUUGUAAGCCCCACAAUCUAUGGGCAUGGUACAGUCUGAGGCGGCUUAAAGCCCCACCAUCUAUGGGCAUGGUAAAGUCUAAGGCGGCUUAAAGCCCCACCAUCUAUGGGCAUGGUGCAGUCUAAGGCGGCUUAAAGCCCCACCUUCAAUUGAAACAUCAUGGAUCUCUUUCAGUUCUUUUUUUCUUUCUUUCUUCUCUCUCUCUCUCUCUACUCUACCCUCUUCUCUAUGAAAUGAAAGUGUUUCAUUUAACUCCUUUUAAAAUGAUACACAUGCACAUAACCUUUGGCCAGCACACAAUCCAGCAUUCACUGACACACAGCUACACUCCCUCUAGCUAACAAAUUCAUUGUCCCUGAACCAGGGCCAUAACCUUUGAGCAUGGGAGAAAUAUACUCAAUCUUUUUUCUCUAAAUGUACGUAUUGUAAUCUAUUUCUCUCUUUCUAUCUCUUUGUCUCAUGAACAUACUUACACACAGACAUGCACAUCUGGUCUUGCUUCUUUAAAUGUAUGUAGUGUAAUCUUGCUGUAGACCUUUGCAUAUACUUAUAAAUAUAUACAUAAAGUUUGUAGUUUUUUUCUGGUUUUUGAUGUUGACCUGUAUCUAUACUGUAUCCCAGUAGUGCUGACUGCUGUAUAAUUGUAUAUUUGUAAACCUUGUGUAAAUGUGGAAUCCUUUUUGAGGAAACAGAUGAUAAAAAGCGAUCGAUUACCGCUGUGAGCGUGUGAUGGCUGCGCUCUGUAAAUCACUGCAUUUGCUGUAUAUUGUAAAUUGUAAUAUCAGAUUUUUUGUUCUUUUGUUUUGUUUUCAAAAUAACAUAACUUGUUGAUGAAUUAUAUUUUUUUUGUUUAGUUUUAACAUCAACAUCACAUGCUCACUUUUUCCACCGAACUUGCCCAUAAUGCUCUUCUUCUCUUUUUAACCUCUUUUAUAGUCCCUCUCUCCUGCGGGUGUGUGGGUGUGGGGGAGAGGUUUAGGCUACGCUUGCGGCGAGUGUGUGUACAGAUUUUGCCAUUCUGUGGUCUAAUGUAAGUGACUGUAUAAAUCUGUUCAUUUCCUUCCUUUUUUUUGAUUUGUUAUUUACUCUUUUGCUGCAGUGUACAUUUAAACAGCAUUGUGUAAAUUUCCUGAGUCACACACACCCUGCAGCAUCUGUGUAUAGAAGUGUGUGUAGUGAGGCCUGGCAGCAGCGUGCAUAAUGAUUGCCUGGAUGUUUUGUAUCUCCUGUUGUAGAUGGUCUCGAUACGCUGUGUGACCUUUAUUUUGAGACAAAAAAAAAAAAAUCAAAAAUUGUAA